AUGGACGUUACCCCUCUGGAGGAAACAUCCAGGCUGGCCGUGGCUCACUGUCCAGGCCUGCUCAUCUCCACCUCGGCCAGGCCCAGCAACAGAACCAUCACAAGGCCUCACUUGGCCAGAAUACUACGGGCUCUUGUUGUCCGUCCAUUCGGUACUCAGCCUCUCGGCAAGUACUCUGUCGGGGUUGCAAAAGGCUCUGGCACAUCCCAUGAUAGGGGAAGGCGCUACAUCAAUGCAAGCCCUCCCGCAGUCGCCCCCGAAGAAUCUUUCCGGCGCAGCGUGGACAUCCGGCUGGAGCCUCCCUGCGUUCCGAAGCAGAACCUGGUGUUCCUGAAGACCCACAAGACGGCGAGCAGUACCAUCCUGAACAUCCUGUAUCGGUACGGUGAGGCCCACAAUCUCACCUUCGCUCUGCCCUAUUACGACCACCUCGGUUACCCUCAAAGGUUCAAGGCGGAAUACGUCAAACACUUCACCAAGACCCACCGCGGCACGUUCAACAUCCUGUGCAACCACAUGAGGUUCUACCACCCGGAGGUGAAAAAGGUGGUGCCAAACGAUACGUUUUACUUCUCCAUCGUCAGGGAUCCUGUCUGGUUGGCUGAGUCCUCCUUCGCCUAUUACCGCUUCCACUCCCCGGCCUUCAGUCAUGCCAAGAGCCUGGAUGAGUUUGUGGCCUUCCCCGAGCGCCACUACAGGGGCCUGGAGCCGAACAACCACUACGCCCGCAACGUCAUGUGGUUCGACUUCGGGCACGACAACAACAUGGAGGACGUGCCCGGUUACGUCGACGCCGUCCUGGCCCAGCUGGACCGGAUCUUUGACCUGGUGCUGGUGGCUGAGUAUUUCGACGAGUCGCUGAUCCUCCUCAAGGAGGCGCUGUGCUGGGACCUGGAGGACGUGGCCUACUUCAAGCUGAACACCCGCUCCAAUGACUCGGUCUUGCCUCUGAGUGCCAGCUCAGUGGAGAGGCUGCGGGCCUGGAACCACCUGGACUGGAGACUCUACCGCCAUUACAACGCCUCCCUCUGGCGGCGGAUCUCCAGCUACGGCGCCCAGAGGAUGGAGAGCGACGUGGCCCGCCUGAAAGCCCUGAGCCACCGCCUGGCCUCCCGCUGUCUCAAAAGCAGCUUCCCCGGGCGGGUCUGGGACCCCGGUUUCAUGCCCCACAGCUCCGGCAAGGCUAAGAUCCAGGGCUACGUGCUGAAGGUCAACCUCAGCAAUGAUGACCUGGAGCUCUGUCAGCGAAUGGUACUCCCUGAGAAACAAUACCUCACCUACUUGCAGAGGAAGCAGCUCAUCUCCAGGGUCACCGACACUAAGCAUGGGGGGGAAGGGGGGGAGGGUAGGAGGGAAAUGGUGCCCAAAAUGGCCGCUGCCCCUUAG